CAUGGAUUAGAAACAGAAAAAGAACAACAGCUUAUGCACAAUCAUGGACUUAAAACAAUAAAAGACCAACAGCUCACUAACAGUUGUAGACUAGAAACAGUAGACGCUUCUAAGAAAUCAGAAAUCAGUUCACCCUUUAGUGAGUCCUUUAAAGAAGUUAGUCUUCAGCAAAACUCAAGUCGUGAAACUGAUUUGAAUGAGGUAGAGACUCUCACUGAAAGCAUACGGCCACACUGCAUCAACUCAGCAGAGUUUGUUCAGCAAGUGCACCCAGUGCCAGGUUUAGAUCUUAAUGGCCAGAUGAUAAGAGAUUGUGAUGUGGGCCCUGCUAGACUGGUAGAAAGUUGCCUCAAUACAGAAACUCCAAAUGAUUUCAAAUUGAUCCUCCCAAACUCCCUUUUUGAAAUUCUUCCCUCAUGCCUUUCUAAAACAUCUUAUGUUCCAAAUGUUAGUGAAGCCACAUUAGUCAAAGAUUUAUCAAACCUGCAUACUGUUGAAAGAGAAGUUAAAGAUGACCAAGAUGUACCCGGUGACCCAUCCGCAUGUCUGAUGUCUAACUCUCCAGCCUUUUGUGCCUAUGCAAAAAGACCAAUGGACAUACUGGUUAAGACACCAAUCAAUAGAAUGGACCCCAGGAUUGAACCUCGUUUCUUAGAUUAUGAAACUGCUCAUGAUGUUCCAUGUGCUGUUAAUACUUCAUCAGCUGACAGUCUUUCCAGCAUUUUAAAUGUAACACUUGAACAAAUUCAAGCAGUGUUAGAGAUAUUACCCAAUCCAUCAGGAUGUAAUGACCAGCUGUCCCAUAGCUCAAACUGUAUGAGCAUCCACUCUUGUCCACAUUUAAAUGCAAUGCCCAGUCAUCCCUUCAGUGGACCUAUCACCUUGGCCAGUAUAAAUACUUACUCUCCCCUGUCUCCACUACUUGGCCAAUCAUGUGAAACAUUGCUCACUUUUAGUACAAAUCUCCGCAUGAGUUCCAGACUAGAUGAGCUAAACAGAAAUUUCUUGCAGUCAGUAAAUAAUAACUUUCUUCAAUCAGCAUUCUCACCAAUGAAUGUAAAUAGCUCUGAUGUUGAAAGCAACUUUUCAGACACCUUCCAUGAGAAUGUACAAAUAAUUUCUGAUAACUGGGACAAAAGUCAGUCUGCAUGUGAUGUCCAACACAUUGAAAAUGAUAAUCCAACUAGGACACCUGAACUUAGUGAAUGGGCUUCCUUGCCUUUAAAAUUAAACCAGAUCAACACUGAACAAAUAUGUACUGAGUGUUAUUAUCCAGUGGAAGAAAAUAGUCAUGAUGGUACAUUUUAUGGAUUAGAGAUAUCUCCUAAAGAUGAAAAUUGUUACAAAAACUUGUCAAAUGAAAAGUCUUCCAUAGCACCAUGUGAGGAUUGUAGUAAUAGUACUAAUCCUGCAUUUGAUAUCAAUAAAUUUUGUCUUGAUGUUGAAGUAGUCAAUCAUAAAUCUGGUAAUUCACAUCUUGCCUCUGUUAGAAAAUAUUCUAAAGAUCAUGAUGACAACUUGCAACAAUCAUUUCCACUUUCUGAUCAUGGUCAGAAAGAGUACACAGAGAUUGAAAACAUGCCAAUCGUUAAUUCUACUGGAAUUCAUUGCAAGAAAGACUCAGGAGAAUUUGAAUCCAUCAAAACAAAACCAAGUGACAGUAUUCUUCAAAUUACAAGUGAUGGUAAAGAUACUCUUACUUGCCAUGUGGCAGACAUUAAUUUAUCAGAAUCAUACCUUAAUAAUGUAGAAUACCAGAAUGAACAUGAUAUAGAUUGUAUCAGGCCAUUUAAAUCAUGUCAAGUGAUUAGUACACAGUUUCAAAGUAAUUAUGGAUGCUUAAUAGGUUUCUCUGAUGCUCAAAUGAAUCCUUGUGAUACACAAAGCAUUGAAAAACAUAAUGUUGAACACUCAAGUACUUCAUCAGAUAGUGAUUUACCAAGUGGUUGUUGCAGAACAGUAUGUGAAAAGUUCAAAGACAGCAUCAUUAAUGAGACAAACAUCAAUUGCAAGUGUCAAACUAAGGUAGUUAAUUUGAAAACAUCUUUAGCAUCACCAUCUUCAGAAAAGACUGGAAGUAGUAUUGUCUCAACACUAUCUGAGACUGAGGAGGCAUUUUUAAGUUCGGAUGCAAGUGCUAAUGAGGCAGAUCUAUCUUCAGAGCAGUCAUCUGCAGAUCUAUCUUCAGAGCAGUCAUCUGCAGCAGCUGUUUUCUCCCACAAUGCUCUUUACACAUCACACACAGAAACUAAACCAUUAGAUGUUUUUUAUAACAUGAAAACUUCAAACCGUGAUACUAAUUUCUUGAUGCAUUCACUACAUGAGUACAGACCAAAACAAAAUCAUGAUACAUUGACUAGGUGCAUGCCUAAUUCAUUUCCGGUGGUUGGAGAAGUACCAGAUGCAGCUUCUGAUGGUCUUCUGAGCUUACUGAGCACUCUCCGAGUCCUGCAACACAACCUAAGUCAAGGUCAUAAUCUUAGACUAUGUGCUCUGCUUUUAUCCAAACUGGAGUUGGCAAGAGAAUUUCUUGUGUUAAACAAAGCACCUACAUUUGUUGCUAUACGAGAAGAUCUGAAGCUUCUCUGUCAAACACUUGCUAGACUAAUCAGCAGCAGCAAGAGGAGGUUAUUUAUUUCUGAAAGGAGUAUCGAUUAUAGAUCUGAUGGCCACAAAGUAUCAACCAAGCAACUUAGAUCUUAUCAUCAUAACAAAAGUCAAAUAAGCCAAAGGUUGAAACCUAAUUCUUAUGAAAUAAAUUUUGGCACUAUUAAAAAAGUACAUACACCUCAAGAAACAGACAAUAAAAAGAGUGUGCUUAUGCUACUCAAUAAUAGAAUCCACAAAAGAAGCUCCUCACAAACUAAAGAUGGCGACUAUUUUAAUUUGCCCAGUCCUUCAGUCACUAACGGCAUAAAGCUAGAAUAUAAGUCGUCUCAGAAUCCAAACUGUUAUGGACUAGGUCACACUGGAUUCUUUGAGUCAAGUUCCCAAGAAUCAAUUACUAGUUCAGAUACUUGGUCAAAUUGGACUGAUCCCAGUAAUUUGACUAACAUGGAAAGUGACAGUGUGUUAGAGUCUCAGUUGGACCGUGAAUUUGAUAAAUAUCUUACUGAUAUGAAACCUCAUGUACUGAAGUUGCCACAGAAGACAGAGAGACAAAAAUGUGCUGUGUGGAUCAAAAAAUUGUGUGAACCUGUUAGAGGAGGUGUUUCUGCCAGAAAAACACGUAACUUAUAUGCACAAUUGAUGCUACAGAUGUUAAAGAAAGGCUCAUGGGAUUCACCUUUUGAUCAGAAACCUGAAUCAGGGGCAUUAAAACCACUUCCUUCAUAUUUGAUUGAAAAACUUCCAGAUUGGGUGGAAGGGGAGUUAGCUGAAACUGUGGGCUCAUCAAUCUUUGCCAAAACACUUGGCAUACCAGCCGCCACGUCUACAAGGGUUUCAAAUUCAGCUGAGUUCUUAGAGAGGCCCCACACCAGUAUGGGUCACACUCUAGAGAAAGAUCCAUCUUUGUCUUUGUCACCUAUUCGUCAUACAGAGGGUACCCAACCAAGAUAUUCUGCUGAUGACUUGAGCAUUGAAUUACAAAGGUCACCAAAAAUUUCUCAUAGACAUCAAAAAGGUCAUCAUCAUUCACCCUCAGGUGACAGGGAAAAAAGACUAUUGCCAGAUGUCAGGGUCAAGGAGAGCAGAGAGAAUGAUAAAAUCAAAGAAGUGACUAUAAGUGAAUCAGAUUGGUCUAAGCCGUAUUCUUCCACAACAUCUUCCACAUACUCACUGCUAAAAGGAACAACAUUUUAUGAUGAUCCAAGUUUUUUAAAACCUGCAGACAGAGAGAUUGCCAUGAGAGCUAAAGUGAUUGAAGCAAAGUUCCAUGAAGAAAAACUUAAGUUACAACAGAGACAUGAUACAGCUGUCCAGAAAAUUCUUGAUCGCAAAAAUUUAGAGAUUGAGGAUAUGAAAAAUCUUUAUAAAGCCAAAACAAAAGACUUGGAAGAAACUAUAGACAAGCUUGAAAGGAAAGUUCAGAAUCUAAUCAAAGAAACAGAAUUCAUUAAACAGUCUAAAGACAAGCAGAUUGCUGAGCUGAAAAAGAUUGCUGAUGACUCAAAUGAAACAAGAAAAAAUGACUAUGAGAAAAAGUUGCAUGAGUUAGUGACAGAAUUUGAACAAGAGAAGUUUGACCUCCAGAAACAACACACACAAAAUAUACAAGAAAUUCUGGAUGACACCAAUGACAGACUGCAGAGAAUGGAAGCAGAGUACACAAAUCAAACUAAUAUAACCACUGAUGUGAUCAAAGAAUUAGAAUCCAGGGUCCAGCAGCUGAUGAAUGAAGUGGACAGCUCCUUGAACCAGAGGUCAGCAGUAGAAAAAGAAAAGAAUGAUGUGUUGAUUAAAUGUGAAAAACUGUCCAAUGAAAAUGAGAGACUGAGAGAAAGAUUAGCUCAACAAGAAAGAGAUCAGAGAAAAAUCAUUGAAGCCCAGGAGCAUGAAAUCAAAAGUUUAAAAAAUAAGACAGAAGCUAGUCUAGAAUACUUGAGACAGGAGCACUCUAUGGCAACCAGUAAAGCUGCUGAUACUAUUAAAGAUCUGGAGGAAAAAAUUGAGCAACUGAAAAAGUCUUUGAAAGAUUCAGAAGAACAUAGACAAAGAUUAAUUAGGGAAAUGGAACAAAAUCAUCAACAAGACAAAUUGCAUUUAGAGAAUCUCCAUGACAAACAGAUUCGUAAUUUAAAAAAAGAAAUUGAACAGAUGGAUGCUGACUGGCACAAAAAAGUGAUGAAAUUGGAACAGUUGGUCAAAGAUAAGGACCAGGAGAUUCACAAAGUCAAAGAACAAAAACAACAACAGAAACUCCAAGCUGAACAAGCUUUAGAGGAUUUUAAAUCAGAGAUCGAAAGAAAUCAAAACAAGAUCUAUGAUGAGAUGAAACAACAGAUGCAGCAAGUAGAGAUAGAUCUACAGAAGUCUAAACAAGCCAGAGAGAAACAAUCCAAGGAGUUUGCUAAACAAUUAGAGGAUGAAAAAUACAGCCACCAGCAUGAGCUGGCUGAGUUAAAGAUGAACUAUGAAGCAGAUAAAUCCCAGUUCAUGAGAGAGUUCCACAUGCAGAAAGAGUUUCUACUGUCUGAACAUGAGAGAGAUCUUGAGAACCUGAAGGAGCUUCACAGAACUGAAGUCUUGUCUUUGGAAGCCAGAAUGAAAGAAAAGCAAGAUAAAGCUGAAAAAUCAGCUAUUGAUAAUGAAAGAUGCAUUAGAGAGUUACGGGAGGACCUAUUACAAGCCAAUCAACUUCGCAAGCAGCAGCUGGUGGAGCUCGGGUUACUGAGGGAAGAGGAAAAGCAAAAAAUGCACAGAGAUCAUGAGGCUGAAAUUGCUCGUGUUAGGGGAGAGAUGGAACAACAAAGAUUAGCUUUACAAAGAACUCACAGUACAGACAUGGAGAAUGUUCUAGAGAAAACAAAUCAACGCCUCAUAGCACUUGAGAAAGAUUUUACAGAGAGAGCAAAUAAAUCAUCUGAGACAAUAACAGAGUUGCAGGCAGUUAUUAAACAGUUACGAGAUGAUCUUCAAAGGUGUAAAGAAAAUUAUGAAAAUAAAAUGACUGAUCUGAAACGUAAUCAUGAGGAUGAGAAAAGGAGCUUAAAGAAAAAAUUCUCACACAGUAUAGAAGGAGUAAAGAAUGAGUUAGAAGUUCAAAGGAGCAGGGGCAACAAUGCAGAAAGAAGACUACAAAAAGCUGAAUCAGAUCUAGAAGAAAGGUUGACAGAGCUUAAAAUUCACUACGAAGAAAAAUUACGCGGCCUUGUUCCAUUGGAUGUGAAAAAAGAGCUGGAAGACACCAUUGCUGCCCUCAAGUCCCAGGUCAACUCACUACACUUAAGGUCAACCUUACUGCAGGAAGAACUUGAUAGCAGAAAUGGACUAAGCUCAUUUGGCACUCUGACAAGCUCAGUCAUUAAAUCAGCUGUUUGAUAUUAUCUCAACGUUGUACAUUCCAUCUGCCUUGUAUUAUUUAAUGCAAUAUUUAUCUUUCUUUGUAGCAUUGGACUUGUACAAUACAAGUACACUGUGAAACGUGAAAUAUUUAUGACUUGUACAAUACAAGCAAACUAUAUAAUGUGUACAAUUUGUUCAAGUACACUAUAUCAUUCACAUUUACCUUGUACUAUUCAGGCACACACACACCAUAACAUAUAAAUGACUUGUACAGCACAAGUAUAUUUUACAAUAUAUAGGACUUGUACAAGCUCAAUAUAUUUUGUCAUGUUUGAUAUAAUGGAGUAUUGUUUCUUUUUUGUAUGCUUUUUAUUGGCUUGUCAAAUUGUUUUAUUUACAGAUAUAAAUAUUUAUGAUAUUUGAUAUGUACAUUAGCUAAUUAUUUGUUUAUACUAUGCCAAAAGUAAUGAAAAAUAAUGAAACUAAA